AAACAUGGGUUAGUUCUCUAGUUGCUAUUGGUGCUUUCUUCGGUGCCUUACCCACCGGUUAUAUAGCUGAUGCAAUUGGCAGACGUUACACCGCACUUAUUAUGGAUGUACCUUUCAUUGUGGCAUGGCUGGCGAUUAUCUUUGCCAAAUCGCCUGGAAUGUUGUAUUUUGGGCGUUUCGUAAUUGGCAUUUCAACCGGAAGCUUUUGCGUAGUUACACCCAUGUACAUAUCGGAGAUCGCGGAGACAAGCAUACGUGGCACUCUGGGCACACUGUUUCAACUGCUGUUAACCUUUGGCAUAUUGCUGGUUUACCUUAUUGGUGCAGUGGUGUCUUGGACCACGCUGAGUGUCUUGUGCCUGAUGGUGCCGAUCGCGCUAUUCAUUGGCAUGUUAAUAUUACCAGAGACGCCUACCUAUUUGUUGAAGAAGGGUCGUCGCGGUGAUGCUGCUCUGUCGCUGAAAUGGCUUUGGGGUCGCUAUUGUGACUCACGCUCGGCAAUACAAAUGAUUCAAGCAGAUCUGGAUCAAGCCGGCUCGGAUGCCUCCUUCAUCGAUCUGUUCCGCAAUCGCGCUGCUUUCCAAGGUCUCAUCAUCUCUAUGUUGCUUAUGUUUUUCCAGCAGUUCUCUGGCAUCAACGCAGUCAUCUUCUAUACGGUGCCCAUCUUUCAGUCGGCGGGCAGCACUUUGGAUCCAUCGAUUUGCUCAAUUAUUGUCGCUUUCGUAUUGGUUGUUAUGACGCUAGCCUCUUCCUUUUUAAUUGAACGCGCUGGCCGUAAAGUGCUUUUGCUCUUUAGCAGUAGCCUGAUGACUGUGUGUUUGGUCAUUUUGGGUAUUUACUUCCAAAUGAAAGACGGUGGCAAAGAUGUGUCCGGAAUUGGUUGGAUGCCACUACUUUGCGUUGUGAUAUUCAUGAUCGUGUUCUCAGUGGGUUAUGGCCCUAUUCCCUGGCUUAUGAUGGGCGAACUCUUCCUGCCCGAUGUAAAGGCGACCGCUGUAGCGCUGACUGUUAUGGCGAAUUGGUUCUCAGUUUUCAUGGUGACCAAGUGCUUUGGCUCGAUGGUCACCGCCUGGGGUUCGGAUAUGACUUUCUGGUUUUUCGCCUUUUGUAUGCUUGUAGCGACCCUGUAUGUGGCAUUCAUGGUGUUGGAGACAAAGGGGCGCAGCUCUUCUCAAAUACAAAUGUGGCUCAGUGGCGGCAAACUGUGAAUGGAUUUAUUUCCAGUUUGAUUCUAGUUUCUAAGCUAUAAGUUUGUUAUGUAACUGAUCAAUUGUAAAUAGACAGCGGAAACGAAAAGUGCUCGAUGGUAGUAGAAUUAUACAGUCCGUAGCGCGCAAAAUACUUCGAUAUCGUUUUUCGCUCAUUUUCACAGCUGAUUUUUGUUUUCUUAAUAAUUGUAAGUAGUUUUAAAUUAUUGUAGUUCAAAAAUCUGUGUAUGUACAAUUUGUUAUCAACUUUUAAUGAGAUUUAGAAUUUACAAAAAUUUUAUUUUCAAUUAUCAAUUACGAAGUUGUGAAAGAAACAAUUGAGCCUGCGUAGAAUACUUGUGUGAGAUCAUUUUGUAGACUUCCUAUUAAUUUAAGCGUAAAUGUAAAUUACUUUAAUACUUAAUAAAGCAAUUGAGUAUCUACAUACAUAUGUAAAAAGGUAUUACA